CAAAAUCACUAUCAACGCUUGAUUGCCGUCCACAGCAAAUAUACAUAUCUGCAGAUUGCAUAACAUCUAUCAUGAGUCAAUUGAAUGAGAACUCACCCUUGCGAACAUCACCACUUGGACAUAAGCCAAUGAAGCGACCAAGAACGGCAUGUACACGAUGCAAGAACCGGAAGCAAAAAUGUGAUAGCCAAUGGCCGACGUGUUCAAAUUGCGAGAAAAGCGGCAAUGCCUGUGACAAGAGCCUCGUUGGUGAGCCUUUACCGACAGCAUAUACACAUGCUUUAGAGGAACGUGUUGCAGCUCUCGAGAUCGAACUCUCAAGAACGCACCAAAAUGUUGGUAUUGAACACCCAAUCGCGGUGAACAGUAUAGCAGGCCCACGGAGUGAUCAACAUGAUGCAUCGCAUAUUGAAGACGCCCUGAGAGAUGUUGUCGAUGCUCUGCACAUGGGUAACUUUGAAGCUCCUGCUUAUGUAGGCUCGUCAUCUGGUCUUCCAUUGGCUCUGAAUCUUGGGCAAAUGGUUCAGGCGACUGUGUGGAAUAAAGCGAUGCCACCACCUCGGGACGAUGAUAUUCAACAAGGCACGCCAAUAGUAGAUAAGAUAUACUUAUCCAGCCAUUCGCAAGAACGAACUAGGAUCAUGGUGCAAGAUAUACAAGCCAACAGCUCAGCUCCUCCAGACGAUCAACUGGGUACUAAAUUGAUACAUGCAUACUUCCAAAGAUUACACAUACGAUAUCCUUUCUUAGAUCCAGGAUCAAUAUGGACGCUACAUGCAAAUCGGUCGCGUCUAUCUUCCACUGAUGUCAAGAUGCUAAGCAGCUCAGAACGGUUUGGGAUAUUCAAGAUGUACAUGGUCUAUGCGAUUGGUGCCAUGCUCUUGCAGCUGACCGAGAGGCUCUCUGAUAGCUCUCCUCCAGAGAGUUUCUACAUGACUGCCCUCCAACACAUAUCCGCAGCACGAGAGCCCCGGUGCCUUCAAAAUGUAGAGGCUAUGUUACUCUUGAUCAUAUAUCAUCUGCGAUCUGCUUCUACUCAAGGUCUUUGGUAUAUGUCAGGUCUUGCCAUGCGCACCUGCGUUGAUCUAGGCAUGCACCGAGCAACGUCAGAGAUCAGCCACUCUCCUGAAGGCAUCCAACGACGCCGACUCCUCUUCUGGUCUACUUACUCACUAGAACGUAUAAUAUCAAUAUCCCUCGGUCGCCCUUGCAGCAUCUCUGACCGUCACAUUGACCUUCCACUCCCGUCUGCUCAUUCCCAAACCGCCACCUCCCCGGCCCUCCUAUCAUCUCUCUCCUACCCCAUUACCCUCUACGAACUCCGCCGUGUGGAAUCACGCAUCUAUAACUCUAUCUACCGCAACGAUCGGUCUCUCUGCUCCCUUCGCCCCAAGAUCGACCGUCUGUAUGCUGAUCUUGAGGAAUGGCGUCUCAGUGCCCACACACGACUCUGCAACGAUGAUCUUGAAUACCCCAUGCUACACUACCACAAAGCUCUACGUUUGCUCUUACAGCCCUUCCUGCUGCUACUUCCCGUCGGUGAUCCAUAUUAUCAGACCUGUCUUCGCGCAGCCGGCCAAAUCUGUCAAGCGCACAAACGACUGCACCAGAGUUUCGAAUAUGGCCAUAGCUUUAUCGCCGUGCAGACGGUAUUUGUGGCAGGAAUCACGAUGUUGUACUGUCUAUGGACGAGCUCGCACAAAGUCUGGUCUGUUACACUCAGCAAUGAUAUCCGCGCGUGCAGUUCGGUCCUUUUCGUCAUGGGCGAGCGCGCGGAUUGGGUGCGCAAGUACCGCGAUGCCUUCGAGAUCCUAGUCAAUGCAACGAUGCAAAAGGUUGGUGGAGAUGCGGAGACCGAGCAGAGUCCAGACGCAAAUUUUUCCAGCACUAUGGCUACGGGAUCGCAGAGGUCAAUGGGAACAGCAGCAGCUCAUGUCAGUAUCGUGGCUGCUAGUGAAGCGUUUGUACAACACGGGACAGGGAGUGAUGAGGCAUUGAGGAUGGUCAUGGAAUUGGCAAAUUGGAUUGAUCAUGACGAUGGUGUGGAUGCUUGGAUGCCAGGUUUCGAGCAUCUGGAGAGUCUAACAGGAUCGUUCGAUGUUAAUGAGAUGUUCUAAACAGACACACAUUGCAUGACGUCAUACUCACAGGCAGAACUGGGAAAGAUGCCAUAGGCCAAAGAUAUGGUGUAUCUUAGUCAUAAAGAUGACACAGGUACAUGAUCAACGAGAAGUCUAUCUCAAGCGACUCAGCCAGAUCCACUAUCGUGCCUGGUAAUCCCGAAGAUGCAAUACAAGAGUAGCUUAUCAAGCUAGAAAAAACAUCACGAUCGCCCAGACCUUGACACUACUUACGUUACAUGACGAAGUUAAAAAGGUCACACGCUCACAGCCCAGCAAUUGAAGCCAAUGUCAGAUAGCUUCUGUGAGUCCAUCUGUGAAGGUUCUAUUCCCCUGUUUCACACCUCUUCUACUCGGCACAUCUGAAUUGUGUUCAUCGACGCUCUACUCCUAUAAGUAGAGACGACGUUGCCGUAACUAAGCCCU